AUGCAGACUACAUAUACCUCCGCAACAGCUACCCGUGUCAAUCUGGGUCCUCUAACAACGACCUUCAAUCCACCGAGCGACUGUACCUCACUGCGCUUCAUUACUGAAAAUGAAGUAUUCAUGGGUGCAUCCAUAGGCUAUGGCUGUUAUGAUUCUGAGACAGAAUGGGUGCCAUGCUCACAAACCUCCUUUCAACCGUUCCGCUGCAGUUCUGAACAUGAGGGUACUAUGACAUAUUUCCCAUGCUCUACGCAGAAAAAGUCUGAUGAAAGUUGGGAUUGCACGACCCAUCGGGCUCGCUAUGAUUUCUCACUAAUACAAUCGUGCUAUCCUUUGGGAUUCGCCUCCUCUUAUGGCUUAACGGACGACAAUACUGGGAAAUGGACAGCUCAACCUCUGGUAUACUCUCCUGGGCUGGCUUGCCCUUCCGGCUAUUCGCCUCAGUGUACCGUACAGCGCGUCAAAGGACUCUCAGAUCCAGCUGUCACAGAUACAAUGGCACAUGCCGACAAUACGAUAUGGAGCAUGCUAAAUGACGAUGAAAUUGCAAUAGGCUGCUGUCCAUCUAACUAUGCCUGCGAUUCCAAUUCGCCUCACAUUUGUACUUCACGACCUCAUGCGGGCGAUAUCAUGGCGAUAACAGACGGCAUAUCCUGUGACGGAGCCGAUAUAACAAGUUCGAUCCCCUCAACCGCGCUGACCGCCCAAGCGAUGAGAAUACUCUUGAUACAGUCUAAUACUCCAACAUCAACUUCUCCCGCGAAAGAAACAUUUCCUUCGCAAGACAAAUUUGGGAAAGGAGCGAAAAUCGCAGUCGGAAUUGUCGUUCCUUUGGUGGUCUUUUUGAUAGGCGUAGCGCUCGUCUACUUACUACGUCGAAAAAAGCUACAGUCAGCGCCAGACCAGGAAGAGUCAGCUGGGAGAGAUGACUCAGAUACAGCGUUGAAGGCAGAACUGCACGGCAGCACUGGCAUUGCCAUUCGUGGGCUGAAAGGUACCGCAUUCGAGAAACCUGAGCUUGGUGAUACGCGGCUUGGUAUAACUGCAACAGUGGCAGAAUUAUCCGCUGGCAAUGAGAUACAAGAACUGCAUGGGAACAGCUCUGUGGCAAAUCUGAAUAGCGCCACCGUGCCAAGCUCUGAACUCCAAGCGCCAAUCAAGGACGAUAUUGCCAGAGGAUUUGAGCAAAAUCUAGCUAAGCCGUCAUCAAAUCAAGACUCUGAAAGAGCAGCUACAGGUUUAUGGGAUUGGAGCAACUUUAAUACUCUUGGCGCACCUGAUGAUUCGGCGAGAAAUUCAAUUACAGAUAUGCGCAAAUAG